ACAUUCCAUUAACCAAAAUAUUUUUGUUGACGGUUGCUUGGCACUUGACUUUGGCUUUGCAUUUGGGGAUCUCAGUCGUAUCUUUAAUUUAUACAUCUCAGACAAUUUUCAUUCAUUGUACGCAGUUGAACUGGUAGCAGAAAUGACUCAGAGAUCUGCAGAUUUUAGGGCAAGGGAGAACCAAUCAAAGUUUGUACAGCAGCGAAUCAAUGCUGUUGAGAAGCACUUUGCGGAUCUAUGCCAGGAUUUUUCUGCCUACACCCGUAAGCUUGCCCGUGUCCGUGACAGGGGUGAUCUCCUCUCCAAGUCUCUCUUGACCUAUGCUGAGGCAGAGGCCCCUUCUACCAAGGCUGGUCUUACUGGCUUUGCUGAACACAUCUCCUCUAUUCAAGAUUACAGACAAGCUCAGGUAUCAAGACUGGAAUUUAAAGUAGUACAGCCAUUGACACUGUAUGGUACAGCAUGUAAACAUGCUAAGGAUGAUCUGAAGAGCAGCUUUGCUGCAAGAGAGAAAGAAAUAAACCAACAAAAGAAACUUGAUAAAGUCAGACAGAAAGCCCCAUCAGACAGACAACAAAUAUCUCAGGCAGAGUCUAAGCUUCAGAAAGCCACAGUAGAUGCAACCAGAAGUAACAAGGCUCUGGAAGAUCAGAUGGAUGCCUUUGAGAGGAAGAGGUUACAGGAUAUAAAGAGUAUCUUGUCUGAGUUUGUGAAGAUAGAGAUGUUAUUUCAUGCCAAAUGUUUAGAGUCUUACACAGAUGCUUUCCAGUCUCUCCAGUCAAUAAGUGAUGAGGAUGAUCUUGAGGAAUUCCGGAAUUCACUUCGACCAUUCAACACUGCUGACAGCAGCUCAAGGCAGAGUCUAUUCAGAGGAGACUCCAAACAAUCUCUCAACUCAACAUCUGGUAGUUCACGACCCUCCACCGUAGAUCGCAGGAGACCUAUUAAGCAACAGCUCCAGUACUCAGAAGAAGAUGACGACGAUGAGGAGGAUGAUGACGAUGAUGAUGAGGAAUAUAGUGAUGAAGAUGUUGCAGAAGACUACUACAAAAGAUGAUUAAUUUGGUGCAUGAUAAAACAGGUUUAAUCAAUUUACCUGUAUAAAUGUAUUCUGGAGGUUAAUUAAUGAACUUUGUAAUAACAGUAUCAAACUAUAAAAUAAAGACAAAACUUUUGAAGCAUUGAGUGAAAAUAGGCCAGGCAUGCUAUUAAGUGUUGAAUUUUGCUGUGAUGUAUGUGCAUGAACUAAAUGAGAAUGAUAUUACACCUUGAUUUUUUUGUUUGCCUUAGUGUACUAUCUGCCACUGUUAAGAUAUGUUUUUAAUUAUGCUGUUUAGAAAUACAAGGGAUACACUCAUCAGUAUUGAUUUAUAUUUGUUUUAUUGAUUUAUAUGUCUUCUGGUAUGUUUUAGUGUUGUUUAUUGGACAAAUUCCCGGAGUACAUGGUCUAAUAAUAAUCCAUUUCUAAGGAGACAAAGAUUCGUCCAAAAGUUAGCUCAGGGUAGGAAAUAACUUUAACUUUUAGGGGCUAUUUUUUUUAUCCAGAUUGAGGGGAUUACAGAAUUUUGGGAGCUUUUUCUUUCAUUUGAAGGGCUACUUUUAAUGGGGGUAAAAAGCAAUUGCGCAGUAAAAGCAAAUAUUCUUCUGCCAGUUAUUUUAUUGAUUUUCUAAAUAAUCUUGAACAUUGUUUGGAACAGAUCUUGGGGCAACUGUAGGGGCGAUUUUGGCUUACAUGAGGGUGAAAUCGCCCGUCGCCCUCAUGUAUUUCCUACGCUGGUAGGAAGAGUCAGACAGCUUUGUCAGAGCUGACAACUGGAGACGCAAGUAUUGAUGAAUUGCUCUCCGGGUGGGUGUUUCAUAAGCUGUUUGUAAUUUAAGAGCGACUUUAAGAACGACUGGUGAUAAUUUUUUGAGGUAAAUGAUAUUCAUCUUGAAAUGUUCAUUGGUGAUUAAUUAGCGUGCAAGAAAGGUUCACCAGCCGUUUUAAAGUCGCUCUUUAACUUAUGAACAGUUUUAUGUAUGAUCUACCAUUGUUUUGAUCGAGAAUUUAAUUAGAAAAAAAUACAGACAGUAUAAUUUGCACCAAUAGAGUGCUUUGUGAAUCAGGUUGUAAGUGAUUUUUCACUGUCAGUUGUAAUUUAAUACAAAAUCAAUCCAUGUAUCCAGUCAUAUUUGUUCAAAUCACUGACACGGUGUCUCAUGAAAAGCUCCCCUAUAUGUUUCACUUGUUCCAUCAUCACACCGAGCUGAGUGUAUAAGGAUUGCAUUCGUCUUGUGAGUUAGCUCAGACACACAUGUCAGCAACUUUCUAGUUUUAUACAUGCACAGAAUGUUCAAGUCUGAAUUGAAUUUAAAAUCUUUAAAUUGAUUUGUGUAAACAAAUAUAUUUAAUAUCUUUUUAUCAUAUUUAUCCAUAUGUAAAUGCCAACAUUAAAAAAAUAUAUACAUAUAGUUAUAGUGCUUGGGUGAUCCCUAAAUCUACUAGCUUUAAUAACAGCUAGAAAUGUUAGAAUAAAAAUUUUGCAAUCUCUCAGGCUUGUGUGAAAUGAAGAGGAUCAGUGUCAUUGUUAUUUACAAAACAUUCUAAAAGUAAAUGCUAUUUUGCUUAAAUAUUUUUUUUCAAUAUCUGGCAAAUAUAUUGAGAAUCCUAUUCAACUUUCAAUAGUCUAUUUCAUUCAGUUUCCCAGAAAAAAUAAAUAGUGGAUUAGAAAAUGUUUGCCUUGAAAUUGAAUUUUUGUCUCACUUGCAUAGCAGAGCAAGACUAUAAGCGCCGCUUUCCCCGACAGUGGUGGCGGCGUCAACAUUGAAAUCUUAACCUAAGGUUGAGUUUUUGAAAUGUCAUCAUAACUUAAAAGGUAUAUGGGCCUAGUUCCUAAAACUUGGAAUUAGGAGUAAUCAAUUAUUACUGAAUAUCCUGCCUGAGUUUCAGAUCACAUGACCGAGGUCAAAGGUCAUUUAGGUUCAAUGAACUUAGACAAUGUUGGGGGAAUCAACAUUGAAAUCUUUACCUAUGGUUAAGUUUUUGAAAUGUCAUAACUUAAAAAAUAUAUUGAAUUAGUUGAUGAAACUUAAAAUAACAGUAAUCAAGUAUUACUAAACAUCCUGCCCGAGUUUUAGGUCACAUGACUAAUGUCAAAGGACAUUUAGGGUCAAUGAACUUUGACCAUGUUGGGGGUAUUUGUUGAUAUGCCAUCAUAACUUUGAAAGUUCAUGGAUAUAGUUCAUAAAAUGUGGACAUUGGGGUAAUCAAGUAUCACUGAUCGUCUUGCACAAUUCUUAGGUCACAUGAUCAAGGUCAAAUGUCAUUCAGGGUCGAUGAACAGUAUUUUGUUAUCAUAUGAAUGGUGUUUUUUGUGAAUAAUUUUUUUAUAGUCAUUUUCAAGGUCAGCAUGCACUGCUGCUAUAUGGAAUCGCGUAAUGCAGGUGAGACUGCCAGAAGCACUCCACUUGUUUUGGUUCACACAUUUUUUCUAAUUGGGAGAAUAGUACAUUAAUCAUUGAAUUUGUAAAUUAGAAGAUGAAGAAAUUAAAAUAAACUGUUUUGCUUUUUGUCUAACAUCCUUUAUAACUGUUGAUAUAUCUCUAGGCUAUUUGCUAAAAAAUAUUUAACAAAUUUGUGUAUAUUUUACAUAAUACUGCAUGAUAAUGUGCCAUUGUAUUCUAUUCAGUUUGAUAUUUGUACUAUUUUUCUUUAGACCAAAUAGAACAGAACUGUAUCUUGAAAGAGAACUAACAAAAUUAUAUUAUAAAAUACGUUACUUGCCAAGAGUUUUUUUUUAUAGAAGUGAAGUCUGUCUAAGGUCGACUAAACUAUAACUCUGUUGUGCUAUGUACAAUAAUCAAUACCAACUUAUUUUCAUUUCGUAUUUUGUUUAGCUGCAGGAAUACUUUUUGUCUUUGUAUUUUAGUAUUUUGUGGAAGUGUUUUUGAAAGGUUAUGCUAUUCAUGAAUGUUAUAUACUCAUGAUGUACUUAUGUGAAAAUUAAGGCAUUGACAAUAUCAUCACUUGGUUGUUAAAACCUUGAAUCUCAAAAUGAAGAACAGAUCAGAAAAAAAAUUAAAGCAAUGACAUGGGUAGCAACCCAGAAAUAUAUAGAGCUCUACAGGAAUUAGGAAACUGUUUCAGACAAUAUGAUAUUGCUGCCAUUUUUCUAAGAUACAGCCUUUUCUGAGCUACCCAAAGUUUUUUAGGGGUUUCACUAGCCCAGCGACGAUAUUUCAUUUACUUAACCCUUUUUUGAUACGUAAUGUAUGUCAUAUCAGGGAGGUCAAUAUAAUAUGAAGGUACUGGUACUUACUGACAUUUCUAAAUUUAUUCAAUAGAAAUUAUAUAUCAAUAUCCUUGUCUCUCCAUAGUGUUGGAAAUUUGAGGUAUAAGUCUGGAAUUUAUUAUUUGAUUGGGUUAUUUUGAAGAAUUGAGGGCAAUAUGAUCCAUAUUUAGCCAAUAGAUGACCUUGGAUUAUAAGAAGAAAACAACCAAUAUAUAGCUUUUAUAUAUACAGUUUCUAAGCACUUUACAACUUAAAUUGAAGGUAAAUGAAAUAUAUAUACAUUGUAUUUAGUUUAUAUUCAGUGGGUUAACAUGUGGGUAUGUUUUCUCAUCUUUGAGAAUUAGGGUCACCUUGCCUUCCAACCGUCCAUACUUUUGUUGAUAUGUUUGUUUUCUAUACUCUGAGUUUAAUGAAUGUCAAGGGUAUCCGUCUGUGUUUUUCUUCUGAACAUUAGUAUUUGAGAUAGGGGAGGAAAAAUAUGACAUGUUCCAGAAUAAAGUUAUAUUUAUUAAUGUGA